AUCAAGUUUCGAUUUUCGAACCUCGUAUUCUUCGUCUGUUCACCUUAAAAGUGAAUUUAUAACAUAUUAAGCUACUUGACCCAAGAAAAGAAAAGUGUUAUAUAGAAUACAAAGCUUUGAUUAAAUACUAUAGAGUAUGUGAUUUAGUGACCAUAAAUAUAUAAGCUUAACUACUACCAAAUCAACACAUAUUGCAAUGGCUUUUCAAACCAAGAACCUUCACUUUGUCUUGGUUCCAUUAUUUGCUCAAGGACACAUGAUCCCAAUGAUAGACAUGGCAAGAAUCUUAGCAGAGAAAAGUGUGAUGGUGACUCUAGUCACAACACCUCAAAACACUUCAAGAUUUCACAACAUAAUUCAAAGAGCAACAAAAUUAGGCCUUCAACUUCACCUCCUUGAAAUCCCAUUUCCAUGUCAACAAGUUCAACUUCCAUUAGACUGCGAAAAUCUCGACGCUUUACCAUCAAGAAACCUACUCAGAAACUUCUACAAUGCACUUCACAUGCUUCAAGAGCCUUUAGAGAAUUACCUCAAAAACCAUACUUUUCCACCAAGUUGCAUUAUAUCAGAUAAAUGCAUCUCUUGGACAAUCUUAACAGCACAAAAGUUCAAUAUUCCAAGACUUGUUUUCCAUGGCAUGUCUUGUUUCUCAUUACUAAGCUCCUAUAACAUCAAACUACACAAUGCUCAUUGUUCCGUUGACUCCGACUCGGAUCCUUUUGUGAUUCCUGGAGUUAUGCCUCAAAGAAUUGAGAUAACAAGAGCACAACUUCCAGGAACAUUUUUUCCACUUCAUGAUCUUGAUGACUAUAGAAACAAAAUGCAUGAAGCUGAAAUGUCUUCUUAUGGAAUUGUUGUAAAUAGCUUUGAGGAAUUAGAACAAGGGUGUGCUAAAGAGUAUGAGAAAGUCAUGAACAAGAGAGUUUAUUGCAUAGGUCCAGUUUCUUUAUGCAAUAAAAAGAAUUUGGAUAAAUUUGAAAGAGGAAAUAAAUCUUCUAUUCAAGAGAAACAAUGCUUGGAAUGGCUUAACUUAAUGGAAACAAGGUCAGUUAUUUAUGUUUGUCUUGGUAGCUUAUGUAGGCUUGUUUCUUCACAAUUAAUAGAAAUUGGAUUAGGCUUAGAAUCAUCAAAUAGACCAUUUAUUUGGGUGGUUACAAAUAAUGGUGAAAAUUAUUUUGAGCUAGAAAAUUGGUUAAUAAAGGAAAAUUUUGAGGAAAGGGUUAAAGGGAGAGGACUUUUGAUUAAAGGAUGGGCACCACAAAUUUUAAUACUUUCUCAUCCUUCAAUUGGAGGAUUCUUGACACAUUGUGGAUGGAAUUCAACAAUUGAAGGUGUAUGCUUUGGGGUGCCAAUGAUUACAUGGCCUUUAUUUGCUGAACAAUUUUUAAAUGAAAAAUAUAUUGUGCAAGUAUUGAAGAUUGGAGUUAGAAUUGGUGUUGAGGUUCCAGUAAGGUUUGGUGAUGAAAAGAAAACUGGGGUGUUGGUGAAGAAAAGUAGAAUUGUUGAAGUUAUAGAGAUGUGUAUGGAAGGAGGUGUAGAGGGAGAAAAGAGGAGGUGUAGAGCAAAAGAACUUGGAAACAUGGCUACAAAGACUUUAGAGGUGGAUGAAGGUUCUUCUUACUUCAACAUUUCAUGCUUAAUUCAGGAUAUUAUAGAGCAUCAAUCUACUAAAAAGUAUUAGUAUAGUCUUUUUGAGUGAUCAACUUUGUUUUCUUAUAUUGAUGAGAGGAGUUUAGAUCUUUGUUGAAAAAAAGGAUAUCCAUUUUUUUCCCUAAUUUUCUUUAUAUAGCCAAUUGACUUUUUCUUUCUUCUAAUUUUGAAUGAAUGGUGGAGAUUUCGAUG